AUGGAAAUCUUUACAAUGCUCUUUGUCUUUACAUCACUUCUGUUCUCCAUUCUAAGUAUCUCCAACACCAAAGACAUCAUCACACCAAGUGUAUCGAUCAGAGAUGGAGAGACCCUUGUUUCCUCCGGUGGAAGCUUCAAAUUAGGAUUCUUUAGCCCUGGCUAUUCGAGUAACCGAUACUUGGGAAUAUGGUACAAUGAAAUAUCUCCUCUGACGGUUGUAUGGGUGGCCAACAGAGAAAAUCCACUUACUCAUCUCUCAGCAGGAGCUUUGAAUAUCACUAAUCAAGGAGCUCUUGUUCUUUUAAGCGACACAAAUAGAAAUAGCAUUAUUUGGUCAUCCAACACUUCAAGAAAAUUCAUAAGGAAACCAGUUGCUCAGCUCCUAGAAUCAGGAAAUCUUGUUGUGAAUGAUGGAAAUGAGCUUGUGUGGCAGAGCUUUGAUUAUCCAACUGAUAAUUUGCUUCCAGGAAUGAAGCUUGGCUGGGACUUGAAAACCGGGCUAAACAAAGUUUUGUCUUCUUGGAAAGAUGCAGAUGAUCCAGCUCCAGGCGAAUUCUCAUUUUCCAUAGAUCGUAGUGGAUACCCUCAACUGGUUGUUAAGAAAGGUCUCAGAGCACAGUAUAGGUUGGGUUCAUGGAAUGGCCUUGGUUUUACAGGGAGUCCUGAACUUAGAUCUGCGAAUGAAUUAUUUAAAUUCGAUUUCGUGUUGAAUGAGAGUGAGGUCUCUUACAAGUUUGAGCUCCUGAAGGAUGAAUUGCAUUCAAGAUUACUGCUGAACUUGUCUGGUGGCUUGCAGCGGUUCAUGUGGGCUGAUAAAUCACUGAGCAAUAACAUAAUUUACUCUGCUCCGGUAGAUCGGUGUGACACCUAUGAUUUAUGUGGUGCAUAUGCAUUUUCUUUCUGCAGGCUUGGUACUGAUCCUCAAUGUUCAUGCUUACAAGGUUUUGUACAAAAAUCUCCAAGAUACCAGAAUUCGAAAAACGCAUCUUUGGGGUGUGUUCCUAAAACUCCACUGGGUUGUAGUAACGGAUUUCAGAAUUUCACUAGGGCGAAAUUACCGGAUACAUCUUCGUCAUGGACCAAUAGUAGUAUGUCCCUCGAGGAAUGCAAGAAGAUGUGUUUGAGAAACUGCUCUUGCACAGCAUAUGCAAAUUUGGAUAUUAGUGGAGGAGGAAGUGGAUGUUUGCUUUGGUUUGGUGAGCUCAUUGACAUAAAAGAAUUCGACUCUGGUGGGCAAGACCUUUUUGUCCGGACAGCCCUCUUGGGAUUAGAUGACGUCAAGACAAGCAAGCCCUCUGGUGUGAAGAAGAAAGCGGCAAUCAUAGCCAGCGUCGGGCUGCUAGGCAUGGGAAUGAUAAUACUAGGAUUGGUUUUUUACAAGCGGAAGAAGAAAUUGAAAGCCCAAGGAAAAAUGAAAAACAUACGUGAAAAGAACUUUGAUUUUGAAUGCGGAAAUGAAGACAUGGAGCUGAUAACAUUUGAUUUGGCCACCGUAUCUAGAGCCACUGAUAAUUUCUCAAACAAUAACAAGCUGGGAGAAGGUGGUUUUGGACCAGUAUACAAGGGCACACUGAUAGAGGGGCAAGAUAUAGCAGUCAAAAGGCUUUCAAAAUGUUCGGGGCAAGGAAUUAAAGAAUUCAUGAAUGAAGUAAUAUUGAUUGCUAAACUUCAACACAGAAAUCUUGUAAAGCUUCUUGGUUGCUGUAUUGAGGGAGACGAAAAAAUGUUAAUUUAUGAAUACAUGCCCAACAAGAGCUUGGACUACUUCAUAUUUGAUGAUACAAGAAGUAAAUUCCUCAGUUGGGAUCAACGCAUCAAUAUCAUCGGUGGAAUUGCUCGAGGACUUCUUUAUCUUCACCAAGAUUCUAGACUGAGGAUAAUCCAUAGGGAUCUUAAAACCAGCAAUGUUUUGCUAGAUAAAGAUAUGAAUCCAAAAAUAUCUGAUUUUGGCACGGCUAGAGCAUUCGGGGCAGAUCAAACUGAGGAAAAUACUAAUAGAGUGGUUGGAACUUAUGGCUACAUGUCUCCUGAGUACGUAGUUGAUGGACUCUUCUCAAUCAAAUCCGAUGUCUAUAGCUUCGGCGUCAUGGUGCUGGAGAUAGUGAGUGGGAAGAAGAACAGGGGAUUUUAUCAUCCGGAGCACAAGCUUAACCUUCUAGGACAUGCAUGGACUCUAUGGAUUGAAGGAAGGCCAUUGGAAGUACUGGAUAAGAUGUUAGAUGGCUCGUGUCCUCUACCAGACGUGUCGCGAUGCAUUCACAUAGCUCUGUUGUGUGUGCAGCAACAACCAGAAGAUAGACCAAACAUGGCAUCUGUGGUGCUGAUGUUGGGUGGUGAGGGUUCAUUGCCUGCGCCCAAACAACCUGGUUUCUUUACUGACAGGAACCCAGUUGAAGCAGAUUCUUCAUCCACCAAGCGUGAAUCACACUCAAUAAAUGAGAUGAGUGUAACGCUGUUGGAGGCAAGAUAGAACAUCUUUUCCUCAAAUACGAUAUGGACCUAAUAAUUUUUCUUUUUUACAAUUUACCACCUAUAUUUAUUCCAAAUGUACCAUUUCCGUUGAAUUUUAUGUUAAGUGAAGUCACAUGAAUCAUGAUAAGCAAAUGCUAUUUUCUAC